AGCGUGGCUGGUUCCUGUCUUCUCGUUUGGGGAGAACGAGCUCUUCGAUCAGAUGGAGAAUCCCACAGGCUCCGCCCUCCGCCGUGUUCAGGAACGCCUCCAGAGGAUAAUGGGCGUGGCUAUGCCUCUCUUUCACGCCAGAGGAGUUUUCCAGUACAGCUUCGGCCUGCUGCCGUACAGGAAGCCCAUUCACACCGUGGUGGGGCGUCCCAUUCCUGUGGAUCAGAAUCCGUGUCCCAGUAAAGAGGACAUCGACGCUCUACACACUCUCUACACGCAGGCUCUGACGCAGGUGUUCGAAGAGAAUAAGAAACACUACGGCAUCCCAGAGGACAAGCAUCUCAACUUCAUCUGAACGAGCACUACCAGAAGAUGAUAACACUAGUCACGUGACAGCUCGGUCUUAUCCGUAACUCUGGCUUGUUCGGUUCCUGUGCUCGUACACUUUAUUGAUGGGAUGGAAGAUGUGCAUUUAUAAUGUUUAUUGUGGUGGGUUACUCUUUGGUCUUUAAUCAGGAAUUGUGAAUCGAUUUGGAAAAAUGAAAUCAAAUAAACUAGUGCUUUUUCACAA